UGCGCUAUCGAAAGAUGGCGCUGCUGGUUAUGUUUGACAACAUGUGUAAAAAUAAACAUAGUGCUGCAACUCUGUAUAUUAAUUGGGAAAUGUUGAUUAAAGUUAUUAAUUAAAUUUUUAACACUUCCUUCAGUAUAAACUUUGUUUCCACCUUUUAAAUCUCAGUAGUCCCUCAUUUCUUUAACUUCCUAGAUAUUUAAAUGCAAAACUUUUCAACUAUUCUCCGUACUUCGUAUGUUUUCUAUUUGUAUUGAGAAGGCGUUUCCUUGCUGUGUAUACUUUCUUAUUUAACGAUGGAGCCUUGCUGUCAACUUAGAAAUAAGAUGGCUUAAAUUUUCAUUGCCUAAACAUGCACCAUGAGAUUACAAAUAACACAGAUGCAGCAAAAUCAGCUCCACCCAUCUCCAACGGCCAUGUCGCAAGAAUCCCUACAGAUUCUUCGAACAGCCCCUGGAAAGCCUCUUCCAGGAGAUGCUCCAGUGAUGGAGCUCUGAAGGCUAUGCAGGCAGCUUCUCAAAAACCUGAAAGGGGUCACAGUUUUUCUGAUUCCGAUGAGAAAACUGCCGCUCUGAAGGCAAGAAUACACGAAAAGUAUGAGCAGCUAGAUAAGGAAAUGGCAGAGAAAGCUGCUUCUGCCAAUAAACUGUUGUUGAAUGGGAAUACAUCUCCUAAAGCAGUCUUAGAACUGGGCAAUCAGGUUGUUGAGUUAUUAUCUCCUGAUCCAAGAGUUGUUCCUCCCGAGGAUACGUGCAUCUUUACCACUGGUGGUCCUGCAGGUGUUGUGUGUGAACUGAAAGACGACUCAUUGCCAGGACGAAAUUCUCUUAUGGCUGAAGUCAAAGAAUUAGCUUAUUCAAGAUUGCAGCAGGAGUUGCAUAAAGCUCAAUUGGAAUUAAAGCUGAAAGAUGAAGAAGUUGCAAGAUUAAGUCAAAUUCGUGAUGAAGUGGGUGCAGAGCUUGAAGAGUUAACUGCCAGUUUAUUUGAGGAGGCAAAUAAUAUGGUUCGAGAUGCAAAUAUUAAGCAGUCCAAUGCUGAAAAACUCUUGAGAGAAGCUAAUUUAAAAAUUGAAGUACUUCAAGCUGAGGUUCAGGCUCUUAAAACACUUGUCAUCACUUCAACGCCAAGCAUGCCAAAUCCUCACCUGCACCCGCAGAUUGAUAAGCGCAGUAAGAGAUCGUUAUUUUCUCCUGGCCAUAAGAGGUCUCCCAGUAACUAUGAGCUCUGCUCUUUUAAGGAUUCACCUCCUGGUUCUCCCAUCAAAGAUCUCACAGAUUUCACUCCUGAUAAUUAUGAGGUUGAUCCUGUUUUUCAUCAGGAAUUCUUAGAGUGGCUCCAAAAACCUUCACUAGACAAGAAAAGCCCAUUUAUCAGUUGCAUCUACAAAGAAGACAUUCUUCCCUGCUUAAAUUUUACAAAUAAAAAGUUGUCAGAAACUGUCUUGUCUGCCAUAGAAACAAAUGUCAUCACCAUUGAACAAGUAAAUGGAAAAAACCCAUUUCCUAAAAGAUGUUCUCUGUUAGAAGCUCCGAGGUUAUGCAAGUACAGAAUGCGAUUGGGCGAGGAUCCUGAAUGGCACUACAUAUCUCAUCUUUGCAGAAAUCGGAUAGCUGCGGUUUGUGAUUUCUUUUGCUACAUUCGAUACAUUCAGCAGGGACUGGUCAAAAGUGGAGUUCAUGAAGUAUACUGGGAAGUGAUCAGAAAACGCAGAGAUGUGUCAUUAGCAAGGCUUGGUAUUCUGUCCAUUUAAAAAAAAAAAAAAAAUUUUUUUUUUUGCUAUAUAACAAUUAAAUCUUUCUUAUGAAAAGUUUUUUUUUUUAUC